AUGAAAGACAUAGUUUUGAUACCCUUUGCUGAUGCAUCUUGGGACUUUGAUGUCUACUAUUGUGAUCUUUGGGAGUGGGCCACCAACCUCCAAAAUCCUUAUCUAUUUCCUCACUUUCAUUUCAACGCUCAAUGCUUGUCGAAAUUCAAUGGCCAGUCAUUUGAACACUUUGUAGACAAGCCCUUUAUGGUUCAAAACUUCUGGGAUGCUCAAUCACAACUGCCGCCUGAUGCAAAGCCCCUCGCCUUCAUCUUGUAUGCUGACAAGACAAAAUUAUCUAGUUUCAGUACUGUGAAAGGCUACCCUGUUGUUGUGCGAUUAGCCAACUUACCCACUGACAUUCACAAUGAUCAGGAGAUGGGUGGUGGUUAUGUUGUUGGGUGGCUUCCCGUGGUGAAGGAAGAUAAGCAACACUCUGGCAAGCCAGCAUGGGCCGACUUCAAGGCCAUGGUAUGA